AUGACUUCCUCAGGACUUCCGCUAAGCGUUGCUGCUUCGCUGCAAAACUCAAAGGCCGAGUACCGCCGGCUCGGGAACUCUGGUCUCCACGUUUCGGUUCCGAUCAUGGGCUGCAUGUCAAUUGGAAACCGCGAAUGGGCCGAUUGGGUCAUAGAUGCCGAGAAAGCUCUGCCACUGCUUAAGGCCGCUUACGACAGAGGCGUGAAUACUUGGGAUACGGCGAACGUAUAUUCUAAUGGCGACAGUGAGAGAAUCAUUGGGCGAGCUAUCAAAGAGUAUGAAAUUCCUCGUCAGAAGUUGGUCCUCAUGACAAAAGCUUGGGGUGUUACGGGAGAGGAGCAAUUCGCAGCGUACCCGAUCAUGGAUGAGCUGAGGAAGAGUAAAGAUUAUGUUAAUCAGUUUGGUAUGCUCCACAUCCUUCUUGCUCUAGACUUUGUCUCUUCCAGAUGGCUUUCGCGGAUUUCUCUCAUCAACGCUGUAGAGGGUGCCCUUGCUCGUCUCGGAACAACAUAUAUUGAUUUGUUCUGGAUUCACCGCUUUGAUCUUUACACGCCCAUUGAAGAAACCAUGGAGACAUUGCACAAUCUUGUCGUCGCUGGCAAGAUCCGCUACAUUGGCGCGUCGAGUAUGUGGACUUAUCAGUUCGCCAUGAUGCAGUUCUGCGCCGAGAAGCAUGGAUGGACCAAGUUUAUUGCUAUGCAAAACCACUACAGCCUUCUUUAUCGAGAGGAAGAAAGAGAAAUGCACAGGUUCUGUGCUGCAACAGGCGUGGCACUAUGCCCUUGGGGUCCACUGGCUCAAGGGAAUCUCGCUCGCCCCAUCUCUGUUCGGGGAAGCACGCUUCGUUCAGCUAAUGGCGGCGGAGAUCCUUCAACUACUCGCAAGGAGUCUCUCGCUAUAAUUGAGCGGGUGCAAAAACUGGCUGAACAGAAAGGAUGGACGAUGAGUCAAGUGACACUAGCAUGGACUCUGAGGAGAGUUUGCAGCCCGGUUAUCGGUUUCAGCACGGUGGAUCGAAUUGACGAUGCAUUGAGUGCUCGAGGGAAAGAGUUGACUCCCGAUGAUGAGAAAUUCUUGGAAGAGUUAUACACUCCAUUGGAAAUCGAAGGACACUACUAA